AUGGCAUGCAUUACGCCCUCUAAACUUCAGCUAUACUCCACCUAUCCAAAUCCUUCACAAUUAUCCAAUUUCCAUUCCAGUUCGAUCAUUAAGAGAAAGUCCCAUUUAGGGGGGUUUCAAUCAAAAAAAUGGAGGAAUUCACUAUGGGUUGGUGGAGAGAAUCAAUAUAUAAGGAAAGGGUCUUGGUGUGUGAAGAAUGACAGAAGGAAGAAAGGUUGUGAGGUGGUGAAAUGCACGGCGGAGGGGAUUGAGAGGUGUCUGUUAGUGGGCGAAGAAGGUGGUGGAUUCAUGGUGGCGGAGAGGUUUAAGGUGGUGGCGCUAGUGGCGGGGAUCAUGUGUUUGUGCAAUGCAGAUAGAGUUGUAAUGUCUGUUGCCAUUGUUCCACUUGCUGCCAAACAUGGAUGGAGCAGCUCUUUUUUAGGCAUUAUCCAGUCAUCCUUUCUGUGGGGAUAUAUAUUUUCCUCAGUUGUUGGUGGAGCCUUGGUGGACAAAUAUGGAGGAAAACGAGUUAUUGCGUGGGGUGCAGCUCUCUGGUCUCUGGCCACUCUCCUUACUCCAUGGGCUGCGAAUCAUUCCACAGGCAGCCUAUUGGCUGUCCGUGCUUUUUUUGGACUAGCUGAAGGGGUUGCUCUACCUUCCAUGAACACCCUUUUAUCAAGGUGGUUUCCAAGCCAUGAAAGAGCUACUGCUGUUGGAAUAGCUAUGGGCGGAUUCCAUCUUGGAAAUGUUGUGGGAUUAAUCUUAACUCCUCUGUUAAUGUCAUCAAUUGGAAUUUCUGGUCCUUUCGUUCUCUUAUCGUCUCUUGGAUUUCUCUGGUUAACAACAUGGUCAUAUCGAGUGACUAAUGACCCACUAGAGAGCAAUUCUAUAAGCAAAUCCGAGUUGCACUUAAUUCAAGCUGGGAAAUCUGACUCUCAAGUCAUCAAGGGAAAGCUUCCACCUUUAUGCCUUCUCUUAUCAAAAUUGCCGACAUGGGCAAUUAUCUUUGCUAAUAUCACUAACAACUGGGGAUACUUUGUUCUUCUAUCAUGGAUGCCUGUUUAUUUUAAAACUGUAUUUGAUGUAAAUUUGAAGCAAGCAGCUUGGUUUAGUGCACUUCCAUGGGGAACAAUGGCUAUCGCAGGCUACAUUGCAGGGGCAACAUCUGAUUACUUGAUCAAAUCAGGGUACUCCAUAACGUCAGCAAGGAAAAUUAUGCAGUCAAUAGGUUUCAUUGGCCCGGGGGUGGGACUGCUCUGUUUGAAUUAUGCUAGAACACCCGUACUUGCAUCUAUAUUGAUUACAGUUGCCCUCAGUUUGAGCUCUUUCAGCCAAGCUGGUUUUUUACUGAAUAUGCAAGAUAUUGCACCACAGUAUGCAGGAAUUCUUCAUGGUACGUGGUUUCCAAGCCAUGAAAGAGCUACUGCUGUUGGAAUAGCUAUGGGGGGAUUCCAUCUUGGAAAUGUUGUGGGAUUAAUCUUAACUCCUCUGUUAAUGUCAUCAAUUGGAAUUUCUGGUCCUUUCAUUCUCUUAUCGUCUCUUGGAUUUCUCUGGUUAACAACAUGGUCUUAUCGAGUGACGAAUGACCCACUCGAAAGCAAUUCUAUAAGUAAAUCCGAGUUGCGCUUAAUUCAAGCUGGGAAAUCUGACUCUCAAGUCAUCAAGGGAAAGCUUCCACCUUUAUGCCUUCUCUUAUCAAAAUUGCCGACGUGGGCAAUUAUCUUUGCUAAUAUCACUAACAACUGGGGAUACUUUGUUCUUCUAUCAUGGAUGCCUGUUUAUUUUAAAACUGUAUUUGAUGUAAAUUUGAAGCAAGCAGCUUGGUUUAGUGCACUUCCAUGGGGAACAAUGGCAAUCUCAGGCUACAUUGCAGGGGCAACAUCUGAUUACUUGACCAAAUCAGGAUACUCCAUAACGUCCGUAAGGAAAAUUUUGCAGUCAAUAGGUUUCAUUGGCCCGGGGGUGGGACUGCUCUGUUUGAACUAUGCUAGAACACCCGUACUUGCAUCCAUAUUGAUUACAGUUGCCCUCAGUUUGAGCUCUUUCAGCCAAGCUGGCUUUUUACUGAAUAUGCAAGAUAUUGCACCACAGUAUGCAGGAAUUCUUCAUGGGAUUUCAAAUUCUGCUGGGACCAAUAAUCAGCACGAUUGGGACAGGUUUCUUCGUACAGUGGCUAGGAUCUUUUCAAGCAUUCUUAACUCUCACAUCAUGUCUCUACUUCACUGCAACUGUUUUUUGGAAUCUCUACGCUACCGGAGAAAGAGUAUUCUAGACAGCAGUGAGGACAGGAGUAUUCGAAUGUAUAUUCUAGCUUUAGAGUAA